AGUUGAUCAGUAAAUUUCUGGAACCAGAGCAAAAAAGAAACUGAGAGAAGAUGGACGCGGCGUACAAGAGGGUGAACAGCGACAUGCAGAGCUCAAUGUACCUUGAGGAGAAGACUAACAAAACUGGUGUCCUGUCUUGCAUUUUCUCCAUAAAAGAAGAGGUGGGGGCACUAGCAAAAGCCCUAAGGCUUUUUGAGGAAAAUGGCAUCAAUUUGACACAUAUUGAGUCCCGGCCAUCACGCAUAAACAAGGGAGAGUAUGAGUUCUUCAUCAGUGUGGACACAGCCUGCUCCAAGGUUUUGGAUGAGGUAAUCAACAGUCUGCGUGUCCAAAUUAGCGGACAAGUGCACGAGCUGUCAAGAAACAAGCAGAAAGACACAGUGCCAUGGUUUCCCAAAAACAUCCAGGACCUGGACAGAUUUGCCAACCAGAUUCUAAGCUAUGGAUCUGAGCUGGAUGCCGAUCACCCUGGCUUUAAAGACGAGCUCUACAGGGCCAGGAGAAAGGAAUUUGCUGACAUUGCCUACAACUACAGACAUGGUCAGCCCAUCCCAGGUGUGGAAUACACAGAGGAGGAAAAGGCUACAUGGGGAACAGUAUUCCGAGAACUGAAAACCUUAUACCCGACACACGCAUGUCGCGAACACAACCGCGUCUUCCCACUGCUGGAGGAGUACUGUGGCUACCAUGAGGACAACAUCCCACAGCUGGAGGAAAUCUCCAUCUUCCUGCAGUCAUGCACUGGUUUUCGACUUCGCCCUGUGGCAGGGCUGCUCUCAUCUCGUGACUUCCUGGCUGGUCUGGCUUUCCGUGUGUUUCAUUCCACCCAGUACAUCCGACAUGGCUCCAAGCCCAUGUACACACCUGAGCCUGACAUCUGCCAUGAGCUUUUGGGCCAUGCUCCACUGUUUGCUGACCCCAGUUUUGCUCAGUUCUCACAGGAAAUUGGCCUAGCUUCCCUAGGUGCCCCUGAUGAGUACAUUGAGAAGCUUGCUACGGUAUACUGGUUCACUGUGGAGUUUGGGCUUUGCAAGCAGGGCAAUGAAAUAAAGGCCUAUGGAGCAGGUCUGCUCUCAUCAUUUGGAGAGCUGCAGUACUCUUUGACUGACAACCCAAAGAUCUUGGACUUUGAUCCAGAGAAGACCUGCAUACAGAAAUACCCCAUCACUGAAUUUCAGCCACUUUACUUUGUGGCUGAGAGCUUUGAGGAUGCCAAAAACAAAGUCAGGAAGUAUGCUGCUACAAUUCCUAGACCAUUCUCUGUGCACUACAAUGCCUAUACUCAAAGCAUUGAGGUUCUGGACAACACUAAGCAACUGCACAACCUGGCUAACAGCAUCAGUAGUGAGAUAGAAAUCCUGUGCAAUGCUUUGGAGAAGCUGGAUUAAGACAUCGUAAUAACGGACAUAUUUCCAAAUGAUGAAGAAAACAAUUCCAAAGAAUGAAAAACACAAUUUUGUAAUUUGAGAAAAUGAAUUGUUAAUCAAAGUUUUAACAAUUUUAAAUAAAUUAGAUUAGAUUAGAAUUAGAAUAAAUUAGAGACUAUGGAAGUAAUCAUUUUAUAGUGUUGUAGAAAAAUGUUUACACUCUGUAUUUAAGCUUUACUUUAUAGAUUCAGACAACUGUAGUAGUUUAGAAAUUAAAACCAGUUACAACAAUUUGAUCUUACCUGGUUAUAUGUUUACUAUUAUCAGAUGUGACAUCAUAAAGUCUAUGAUUUUUAAAAAGCCUUUAAACCUAAUAGUAUGUAUUGGGCCAAAAAUAAAUUAUUCAAGUGUU